AUGGUCGUGACCCGUGUGUCACCAUCCAGCAGUGAUCUGUUCAUUACCAGAAUCCCCAAUCACCACACGAUUCUCUUCUCUUUCUGGCUCUCAUUCAAUCGCUCGACAUGUCAUCAUGCUGUCACCAUAUCUUCCUUUCUGUCAACCUUUAUUCGUCUCAGAUUUACUUCUCAAUUGCACCCGUUGAUCUCCGUAUUGUUAAAUUUGAUUUAGAAGGGCGGGAGUUAGGGUUUCGGUAACAAAUUAUGAUAGGAAAGCAUUAAGAAGAACCAAAUUGAUUCUACUGUUAUGACGAUUGAAUACUCAUGUUGUGAACCCCAGUUCUUUAUUCAUAUUGGGAUAGUAGUGUUGUUAGUUUUGUUUGCCGGAUUGAUGUCCGGGCUUACUUUAGGGCUCAUGUCGUUGAGUCUUGUUGAUUUGGAAGUUCUUGCUAAAUCUGGGACUCCUAAAGACCGUAUAUACGCAGAGAAGAUACUACCAGUGGUUAAAAAACAGCAUCUAUUACUCUGCACACUUCUCAUUUGCAAUGCUGCAGCAAUGGAGGCUCUCCCAAUUUUCCUGGAUAGUCUGAUCACAGCUUGGGGUGCUAUUCUCAUUUCAGUGACAUUAAUACUUCUAUUUGGUGAGAUCAUACCACAAUCUGUUUGUACAAGGCAUGGACUUGCUAUUGGUGCAACUGUAUCUCCGUUUCUGCGUGUUCUUGUUUGGAUUUGCUUUCCUGUUGCAUAUCCUAUAAGCAAGUUGCUAGACUAUCUUCUUGGGCAUGAACAUGUUGCUCUUUUCCGAAGAGCAGAGUUGAAAACACUUGUUAAUUUUCAUGGGAAUGAGGCUGGUAAAGGUGGAGAACUAACACAUGAUGAGACAACAAUAAUUGCAGGAGCACUUGAACUCACUGAAAAAACAGCCAGUGAUGCCAUGACUCCUAUAUCUGAUACCUUUUCCAUUGAUAUUAAUGCCAAACUUGACAGGGAAUUGAUGAAUAUCAUUUUGGAGAAAGGUCAUAGCAGGAUACCUGUCUACUAUGAGCAACCAACAAAUAUAAUUGGACUUAUUCUGGUGAAAAAUUUGUUGACUAUUCAUACAGACGAGGAAGUCCCAGUUAAGAGUGUCACCAUUCGCAGGAUUCCCAAGGUUGCAGAAUCUCUUCCAUUAUAUGACAUCUUGAAUGAAUUUCAGAAAGGUCACAGUCACAUGGCUGUUGUUGUGAGACAAUGUAUUAAGACACCACAGGAGCCUGGAAUGAAGACCCCAUUAUCUGAGAAAGGUGUGAAGGAAGUGCGAGUGGAUGUUGAUGGAGAUCAUAAAACUCCUCUAGAAAAAUCUUUACAGUCAAAAAGAUCAUUCAAGCAGUGGAAGAGUUUUCCAAGCAGGGGCAGUAAUUCUUUCAAAGGCAACUUCAGCAGUAAAAAAUGGAAUAAAGAAAUGUAUUCAGACAUCUUGGAUAUAGAUGGAAAACCACUUCCAGUCCCUGAUGAAGAAGCUGUUGGUGUAAUAACAAUGGAAGAUGUAAUUGAAGAACUUUUACAGGAGGAAAUCUUUGAUGAAACGGAUCACCAUUUUGAAGAGUCAUGAUAAAAGGCUAGUAGUUUCCACUUGGAAAAUGUUUGUAAUCUACGGAUUUGAUUACCCAAAAAAGUCAUGCAUGUGUUUAUAUCGAUGUUAGCAUGUUUGCAUUGUGGGUAAUUGUUGAUAAUAUAAUGAAAGAUUUUUGCAUCAA